GGACUUGGUCGCGUGUGGGUCGGCUCCUGUCCCUUUAAGCCGGUGCGGAAGUAACCGCGGAAUUGAAGCAACACUCAGUGGAGAAGGUCAGGUUCUCUCUCCGGUGGAUUUCAAGGGAUUGCAACGCUACACUUAACCAAACCGGGUCGGUCCUUACGUACCACAAAGCUGGGCGUUUGUAUAUACAGUGCUACCGAAUUUUAUGACAGCCCUAGCUAACGUUCGUGACUUUGCUCGAUAGGGAAAGCAACGUGCAGUAACUUGUAGGUAACUUACCGGCCAGAUAGGUAUUAGUUUUUAAAUCUGACAGCGCGGAACGGCUCAGUUUAACCGUUCCCUGAUGUCUGGGUCAAAAUGCAAACGGCUGAGCGGAGCGCUGGUGAAACAACUGCUGGACUCGGUGGACAGCGUCCUGUUUGACUGCGACGGAGUCAUCUGGCGGGGGGACCAGGCCAUACCCGGAGCCGCUCAAGUCAUAAACCUGCUCAAGGAAAACGGGAAGAAGGUCUUCUUCGUCACCAACAACAGCAGUAAGACGAGGAAGAUGUACGCCGACAAAAUGUCCACGUUGGGGUUCAACGUGAAAGAAGACGAAGUGUUCGGGACGGCGUACUGCUCCGCCAUGUACCUGAAGACUGUCUGCAAGCUGGAGGGCAAAGUGUACCUGGUAGGAAGCAACGCGAUGGGGCAGGAGCUGGAGGCGGUGGGGAUCCAGCAGACCGGGGUGGGACCUGACCACGUCUUCGGGAAGCAGACCGACUGGGCCAACGUGCCUCUGGAUCCCGAGGUGAAGGCGGUGGUGGUCGGUUUCGAUGAACAUUUCAGUUACAUGAAGCUGAACAGAGCCUUGCAGUACCUGACCCAGCAGGGCUGUCUGUUUGUGGGAACCAACAGGGACACCAGGCUGCCCCUGGAGGGAGGCAAGGCUGUCCCAGGUACAGGCUGCCUGCUGCAGGCCGUCGAGACAGCAGCCCAGUGCCAGGCCCAGACUGUGGGCAAGCCCAACCACUUCAUGUUCGACUGUGUGGCCUCCCAGUUCGGCGUGGACCGUGACCGCUGCCUGAUGGUGGGCGACCGCCUCGACACGGACAUCAUGCUGGGCUCCAACUGCGGUCUGAAGACCCUCCUCACCCUCACGGGGGUCAGCACUGUGGCGGACGCUGAGGCCCAUCAGAAGAGUGGCUGCGCUGAGAGGCAGAGGAUGGUGCCAGAUUAUUACGUGGAGAGCAUCGCAGACCUCCUUCCGGCUCUGCAGGGAUGAAACAUCUGCAAUUCUGUCGGGACUGAUGUGUAGCUAUGUGAUAGCCUAGCUGCUGUAAUCCUGAGGGGUUUUGGCUAGCACAUGGCACAUGCCAGGCUUCAUUGUCUUCUAAAAGGGAAUAUUUUAAUCAUUUCUAUAAUAAAGUCACAACCAAGCAGCUAGCUGCUUUGUGACAUAGGAGACAAAGACUCCAUUAUUAACUUAAAACAUUAUUAAAACCUGCUAAUUUAACAUUGAUGAUUCAUAUUAAUAACACAAGAACAAUGAUUUCCAGUAUUGUUUCAAUGUAAUUUAAGUGUUAGAGUUUGUUACUAAAUGAGUAGAGUUUAUCUUCCUUUUUGGGUGGAGUGGCGUAAGGUGAGUGUACUUUAAAGGCCCUGACCUUGUCUGUGAUGACGCAGUCUCCCCUUAAGCAACUACAAGUCAAACUCAAGGAGGGAAAUAAGCACACAAAAUGUGUCAACAGUUUGGUAAUAUAUGUGUUGAGGUUUACAGCUCUGUUCCAAAGUCUAUAAAUAACAGGCACAGAAUGGGGCUAAAAGGCAUUGAACGGGUCUGACUUUCUGUUUUUAAUGUAUUUUACACACCUCAGCAGAAAGUGCUAACAUUCACAGUAACAUUCAUGGGAUGGUGCAAUGAUACCCAGUUUUGUCAUGUCAUGUCGUGUCAGUUCAUUAGUGAAACAACGAUUAACAGAAAUGCACGGUUUAAAGGUAAUCCAAUCUUCCUUUUACCAUCUGUUUUUGUUCUGACUUGUCCUUGACUCCCCAAAUCACUGAAAGCAAUGCACAGAUAUGUAAUAAAACAUAAACUAUCUUCUCUAAA